CUUGGGAGAAUCCUACUACAGAGACUCGGUGACAAUCAUGAACAAAGGGCAAGAAAUAAAGCUAGAGAGGAUCUUGACCAUCUACACAGCUCUCGAUCUAUCCAACAACAACUUCCAAGGUGAGAUUCCAGAAGUCAUUGGAGACCUCACAUCACUUGUGGUUCUAAACUUGUCUCACAAUGACCUAACCGGCCAAAUCCCAUCAUCCAUUGGAAAUAUGGCACAGCUUGAGUCAUUGGAUCUCUCCGUAAACAAGCUAUCAGGGAAGAUCCCUGGGCUACUUACCGAUCUUACAUUUCUUGCAUUCUUAAACCUCUCCCAAAAUCAUCUUGAGGGACCUAUACCACGAGGGAAUCAGUUUGACACAUUUUCAAACACUUCUUACAAUGAUAAUCCAGGAUUAUGUAGGUUUCCCUUAUCAAGGAAAUGCAGUGAUGAUAUACCACCACAUCAAGGUGGUGAGGAAUCAACAAAUGAUGACUCAAAAUUUGAAUGGAAAUUCACGUUGAUGGGUUAUGGAACCGGAAUGGUAAUUGGAAUUGUGAUAGGACUUGUCAUUUUCAAAGAUGAGUGGCUUGUAAGGACUUUUAGAUUGGCACCAAUUGGGCGGCAGAGAAAGUCAAAGAGAGGAAGAUCGAGUAGAUGAUGACAAAG